AUAUUCCACCCUCCCCUCAAAAGAAUAACAGAGAAGCGGCGCAUCCGAGCCCUUUUUUCUUCUUCUCGAUUGCUUUUUGUUCCUUCUUCUUCUCCAAUUCAUUUCACCUCUCAUACACACCCCCGCUGUCACUGCUUCCGUUAAAACGACCCUCUCCUCCCCACAGCACCUUGAGCCGUUUCCAAACAGCCAUGGACGCCGGCGAGCUCAGCCGAAAGAUCGAACACACACCUUCCCUGAUAUUCUAUACUCAUAUUCAUAUCCACAUCUCAAAUUUCCAGAUCUAAAAUAAAAGAAUACUCCAAAAGAAAAACAAGAAAUCAAAAAAAAAAAAGAGGGAAUUUGAAGUUGUUUCUUACUUCUAUUUUUGCUGCACGUAUUCUGAGAAUUUAGAGGAUCGUUUGGAACUUAAAAUUGAAGAUUCUUUGGGAAGUUGGUCGAAGGGACAAUUUGAGCUUGAAAAUUGGGUUCUUGGGUUCGGCUUCGUCAUUCCGGUUCGCUGUUGCUGUUUGGCUGAAAUUUGACUGAGCUCCGUUAAUUCUCUUUCAUCUGUGAUUUCGAGUUUGGUGGCCGAGUCGGCGAGUCGAGUUUCACUAAGUUUGGAUUUCUUGUACAUUGGCUUGGAGUUGUCAUUUAAUGAGAGGCAAACAUAUGAUGUCAAGAGCUGCAAGAAUUACAAGGCUCACUAGACAAAUUACUCAACUUAGAGUGGACAGAAAUUUCAUCCUCACUUGCAGUUACAAUACAGAUGUGCGACAUUCAAUCCCCAAUCAAAGUGAUGCAAAGACACUAGGGUUCUCCAGGGAUCAAUGUGGCAAUCAAGCACAGUCUGCCCUUGCAAAAAACUACAUUGGAGGCGAACGCAAGCCCCAAGUAGGAGAAAAUAUCUCAAGGAAGGACAAGAUUAGCUUUCUCGUAAAUACACUUCUUGAUUUAAAGGAUAGUAAGGAAGCUGUAUAUGGUGCACUUGAUGCUUGGGUUGCGUGGGAGCGGAAUUUCCCCAUUGGACCCCUAAAGCAGGUAUUGCUCAAACUAGAGAAAGAACAACAGUGGCAUAGAAUUGUUCAGGUCAUUAAGUGGAUGUUAAGCAAGGGUCAAGGCAACACAAUGGGAACAUAUGAGCAGUUAAUUAAAGCACUAGAUAUGGAUCAUAGGGCAAAAGAGGCACAUGAGUUUUGGAAGAAUAAAAUUGGUUAUGAUCUGCAUUCUGUGCCCUGGCGGUUGUGUAGCCUUAUGAUUUCUGUAUAUUGCCGAAAUCAUAUGCUUGAGGAUCUUGUUAAGCUAUUCAAGGGCUUAGAAGCUUUUGAUCGGAAACCCCCUGAUAAGUCAGUCGUGCAGAAAGUAGCUGAUACAUAUGAGCUACUAGGCCUUUUUGAUGAGAAGGAUCGCUUACUUGAAAAGUACAAAGACUUGUUUACGGAGAGAAGGGUUGGAAGUCCCAAGAGAUUGAGAGGGCCUCGAUCCCAAAGAGAAGGAAAACUAGCGCAGGAAAAUUAAGGGUUAUAAUCAAAUAUAUCUUUGUUUACUGUGCAGGUGUUGAACAUCAGGUUUACAUAAGUAACUAAUCUACUCAAUAUGUUGCAGCUAUUGCCAAGCAUUUCAAGAUUUUAUUUAGGUUUUGUAUAAAAUUAUUUAUUGCAAGUUCAAGAGUUUAGCAAACUCCCUGCGGUGUUCUCUUAUGUAUUUUUAGCAUCUUAUGCUACUUGUCUAUGGAGAUAGAAGAUGUGAUGAACAUAUGUUAGUGAACAAAAGACAGAAUAGUGAGAUCAUAUUUCAUGGUUUGAGAUGAUAUUAAAUUACUUGAUAUGAGGUUUAGUUCAAGUUCAUCUUGGUGUAGUAAUUUUAAAAACUGAGGGGUUGGUUCUGUAAUUGAAGGUUAUUUCUAAUGUGA